AUGAAUCCAGGAGAAAAGAAAAAGGUUUUGAAUCCAAACAAUGCUCAAAGUCCUAUGAAGAAGAUAGGUUACGAUUUCCAAUUUCGAUCGAGUGCUGAACUAGCCAAGCAAUAUCAGAUUAAGAGAGAAAAACUUGCUAAUGAUCGGGAGAAUAGAGCUGUGAAACAGCAAGCACCAUUAAGUCAUAAAAGGAAGAUUCCUAUGUCUACAAUAUCAAAUGCAAGAGAAGGACAAAGUAGACAAAGGUUGAUUCAAUCUAAGGAGUCCAUUCAGCAGCAAGGAAAUGGUAAAUUACCUAUGCACAAAUCCACAGUCCAACUGUCUUCAAAGGAAGUUAUUAACACUUCAAAUAUGAUUGAAAAAAGACAAGGAGAAGGAGAAAAACAACUUGGCAUUCAUGAGCUACAAAAUGUCAAAAAGGUGAAGAGAAAGUCGGUCUUACCGACGACAAGUCUUGAUCUUUUCCUACAACAAAAAGGAACACAUGUGGGUGGAGAGAAACUACCUGAUAUUCAGCCAGUUAAUGAGGCCAGAUCUAUGCCGUCCCCUCUUGUUGAUGAGCAUAAUAUUGAACUUGAUAAUUUUGAUGCACAAGAAGAAGUUGGCGAUGAUGAGUGUGUUAGAGACGAAGCUAUGGACGGUGAUUGUUACAUCAAUCCAGGAACAUCAGAUAAGAAGAAAGUUCGAGGGCAAACAAAAUGUAUGCUGAUUCAUGCAAGAAAUCUUCAGGAGAGAGAGGAGGUGACAUUUGACAAAGGACAAGCCGUGGGACCAACCGAUGAUACGAAACAACGAAUGGUGGAUUAUGUUAAAACCAAGUUCAUCAUUCCAGCAGAAGGAAAUAAGUGGGUGAUGGAUGGUCUUCGUGAAGCUUGGAGACGACACAAGAAAACUACUAAGGAGAGACAUUUUGAUGUGAAUCGUAGUAUUGAAGAUGUGGUAGAAAAGCCUCCCCCUGAGAUACCAGAAGUUCAAUUUCGCCAAUUAAUUGAAUAUUGGAUGGAUGAAGAUGUCCAAGCCAUCAGCCAAAAAAAUUCUGAAAAUAGAAAAAAACAAAAGUGGAGGCAUCGGAUGGGAUCUAUUAGUUUUGCAAGAGUACGCGUGGCAUUGCGUGACUCUAAAGAGAACAAGGAGGAUCCAUCACAAUCUGAAAUGUUUAUUGCAACUCGUACAAAAAAGGGAAAGCAAGUUCAUGAAGAUUCCCAAAGUGCAAUAGAGCAGCCUGGUCAAGUACGAUGCUAUGGUAGAUCAGUGACAAAAGGUUCUCUAAUAAAAGAUGAGGAAAUCAACAAGCUCCAACAAAAGCAUAACAAUGAAGUCUCUACUUUGAAAGAAGAAAUCAAGGAAAUGAGAGAAGAAAUACCAGAAUUGAGGCAAUUGCGACAUAGCUUUAAUCUAUUAGUACAAAACAACCCUGGACUGAAUGUUCAAGAUAUACCCAGGGUUGUUGGAUCUAACCAACCUUCUCCAGUUGAUGCUACUAGUGGACAGGCUGUUAGAGGCCAAAUUCUUCCAUAUUCUUUUGGAUCAACUCAUGGACUAAUUCUUGAAAAGGAGAAGGUGUGUGAUGCAAUUGGUGGUAGAAAGUCAAUUUGA